AGCAAUAAACAUGAUAAAAGGCCGCGGAUAUCUCCAGAAUUCUCAGAGAAGUAAAUCGCAGUUCGAGCAGAGCUUAGAAAUGUUGCUGAGCAGUCUCUGCGUGCUCGUGGCGGCGUCUGCCUCCUGUUUUCUUGCCGAGGCGGACACAAUCCCAUCACUCUGUAGUCUGGAAUCCACGGAUAUUACCAGUGGCCAGUGGAAAGUCGUGCUCAAUGAAGAAUUCGAUGGCGACAAGCUGAACUCUAGUUUGUGGACGGCGCGCACCACAGCAGAAGUUGGCCAUGAGAAUGAGCUGCAAUACUACCUCCCACAAAACGCUGAGGUGUCCGAGGGGUUUCUGGUCAUUUCCUCGCUGCAACAAGACAAGAACGGCAAAAACUACACGUCGGCCUGGGUGGACUCCAGCGGCAAGCUUGGCGUGCAGUACGGCCGCGUGUGCGUGCGCGCCAUGCUGCCGGCCAACCGCAGCGGCUUCUGGCCGGCGCACUGGAUGAUGCCGGCGGUGGCGGAGGCGUGCUGGCCCGGCCUUGGCGAGGUGGACAUCCUGGAGAUGCUGAACGGCGACGGCGGGGCACACGGCUCGUACCAUUACAGCCAGUACUACGCCGACGACAAGUGCUCUGGCGUACAGCAGACCUCCACCGGGGUCGGAGUGCUCGGGGACAGAACGUUCGACGGCGGCUUCCACGAGUACGCCGUGGAGUGGUCCGCCGACAAGCUGACCUUCUACGUGGACAGCCGUCCGUAUCUCUCCACGUACCCGACCGACAAGUACAACGAGGGCGUGCCGCACGUCCCCAUGUUUCUCAUCCUCAACUCGGCGCUCGGCGGCUGGGCAGGGCCGGUUCACGCCGACACUGCGUUCCCCAUACAACACGUCGUGGACUACGUGCGUGUGCUGCAGGACACCAGUGAGAGUCAGUCACGCUUCGUCACGCCAGGGGAGACGCCGGCCGACGAGGAGCUCGCCGCGGAUCAGCGCAGAGUCCUGAAGGAGCGGCAUCGUAGCCGGCAACAACACUUCGGCAUGCGGAACUGACUGUAUGGUAAGAGUGUGGUGCUGACGAAACUUUUGGGUCCGCAACAAAACUGCCGUCCACUGUAAUAUGAGGAAAUUGUCAAGGAACCGGCUCUUAGACAGUUUCCGUAGCAACUGUGCUCAUUUUGAACACGCCACAGCUCAACACCCUAGCUAUUGAUGGAUUACUCCAGAGUAUGGUGGCCAUCUUGUAGCCCGUAGGGUUUGGAGACAAAACGUUUACAGUGUAAUUUUUAUUUGUUUAUUUUACUUGAUGCUAGUGGUGACUGAGGUAGAUCUCUUCCAUGCGUUGAGGGAGACAUCUAUGUCUGUUCCAUUUUAAAGAACAAAUAAUUAUUAUAGGAUAAUGUACACUUGACACUGGAUGAUUCUAUUUUCGAAUUGGUAUUCAUUUCGCUGACGGCAAUGACUGAGGUGUCUGCUGUGCUAAUACUCGGCAAGGUAGUUGGUCUGCACUGCCGGAAUACACCACCUUAUUUCCGAAUGCCGCCGUGGAGCCGUGUGUCUGAUCCCUGCACGCUGCUGCUGUUUGAUGGCUAGGGUAGAGCAGAAACAAGUCUCCAGUCAUUGCUUUCGUGACUUGCUGCCUUGUACCUGAUCUGCCCUGUACCUGAUCUGGCUUGAACCUGAUCUGCCCUGUACCCGAUCUGGCUUGUACCCGAUCUGGCUUGUACCUGAUCUGGCUUGUACCUGAUCUGGCUUGUACCCGAUCUACCCUGUACCUGAUCUGGCAUGUGGAUCGUAGCCAUGCAUCUAAGCACACGGUCAUCUUCUUUUUCCGUCGUAUGAAAUGUUGUUAGCUCAUGUAAGAAUGGCAGUAAGUUUCUGCUAGUAGUUUCGAAAAAAUUUGGAUCCUUUGCUAGAAAACUCUA